GAAAAAGUAAAUAAGAAAUUUGAAAUGAAAAGAAAGGGUGUAAGUUUGAAACUUCAAUCGACUUAUUCCAAAAUACAUUCUUAUCCCUUUCUUUCAUUUUCUUCUUCUUUCUCUUUUAGGGUUUUUCUUUUCGUCCUGAAUUUCAGCUGAUUUAUGCUGAAAAUUUUCAAUUAGGCGUUUUUGUUAUGGAUUCCAAUAACUGGAGAUCUACGGAUGAAGCACCGCCUGCUAUGGAUGGCGGCGAUUGGCGAUUGCAACUUCAAUCUGAAUCGCGCCAGAGAAUCGUCAAUAAGAUAAUGGAUACUUUGAAGAGACAUUUGCCUUUUUCUGGCCAAGAAGGGCUGCAAGAACUGAGGCAGAUUGCUAUAAGAUUUGAAGAAAAGAUCUACAGGGCUGCUCUUAAUCAGUCUGAUUAUCUGCGGAAGAUAUCAUUAAAGAUGCUUACAAUGGAGUCAAAGUCUCAAAAUAAUCUCACUAAUGCUUUGCCUACCAAUUCUGCCGCUAUGAGCAGAAAUCCCCAGGAUCCAGUACCUUCUCAAAACAUGCAGUCCCAAGUACUAAAUCAAAGUCAAUCUGUUCCACACCAAAUGGUGCCUAAUCAGUCUCAAGCUCGGCAGCAACUUUUAGCUCAGAACAUGCCAAACAACAUAGCAUCUGCAGGCAUGCAAACUACUGCCAGCUUGCCAAAUUCUUUGCCACCCAGUGGCUUGUCGCAGAAUUCAAUGUCUAAUGUUACUCAGAAUAACAACAUCCAAAAUAUUUCGGGCAUCUCGCAAAACUCAAUGGGGAAUACGAUGAAUCAAGGAGUUGCUUCCAACAUGUUUACAAACGGGCAAAGGCAAAUGCCAGGAAGACAACAUACUCAACAGGUUGGUACCCAGCAGCAACAGUCCCAAAAUGCUCAACAGCUAGUGUACCAGCAAAUGAUGAAGCAGAAGCCGGGGAACAUCCAACAACCAAUUAUGCAAAAUCAAAUACAGCAGCAACAAGCACAAUCACAACCUCAGCAAAACCUGUUGCAGGCUAAUCAGCAAUCUAUUAUGCAAACUUCUUCAGUUAUGCAGCCUUCCAUGAUAUCUGGUUUGCAGCAAAACCAACCCUCUUCUAUGCAACAAUCAUCUCAGUCUGUACUUCAACAGCAUCAACAAUCAGUUCUCAGGCAGCAGCAACAGUCACAGCAGCAGUCCCAACAAACUCCCAUUAUUCAGCAACAGCAAACACAAUUACCACAGCAGUCUAUGAUGCCAUCACAAACCCAACAACAGCAACAGUUAUUGGGGCAGCAACCAAAUACUGUAAAUAUGCAACAAAAUCAGUUGCUUGGUCAACAGAAUAAUAUGUCUGAAAUGCAGCAACAGCCACGAAUGCUGGGGCAGCAAAACAAUCUUCAAAACCUGCCAGUGCAACAGCAAACUAGCCAUCAGAACUUGCCGCAACAGCAUCUCAUGGGUCAACAAAGCAAUCUAUCUAACAUGCAUCAACAGCAAAUAGGUCAUCAAAGUCAUGUUGGGGGACUCCAACAGCAGCAGAUGAUGGGAACACAAUCUGGGAACACAAGCAUGCAGGCAAAUCAACACUCAGUACACAUGAUACAACAACCCAAAGCUCCUGUGCUGCAGCAGACCCAAAGUGCUUCUUUAUUGCCUGGUGGUGUGCAGCAGGCCCAGACCCAAUCUCAGUCACAGCAGCAAUUGAUGUCACAGCUACAAUCACAGCCUGCUCAGAUACAACAGCAAAUGGGUUUGCAGCAGCAGUCAAAUUCGCUUCAGCACAAUAUGCAGCCACGAAUGCAAAAUCCAAAUCCUUUGCUCCAGCAGCAGAACAUUAUUGAUCAGCAAAAGCAGGUGUUCCAAGCACAAAGAGCUCCUUCCGAGGCACCAUCCUCAUCCCUGGACUCCACUGCUCAGACGGGGGGUACAGGUGCUGGUGACUGGCAAGAAGAGGUCUAUCAAAAGAUUAAAUCUAUGAAGGACCUGUACUAUUCAGAUCUUAAUGAGAUGUACCAAAAAAUUUCUCAGAAACUCCAGCAGCAUGAAUCUGUUCCUCAACAACCAAAGAAUGACCAGAUAGACAAGCUCAAAAUUUUUAAAAGUAUGUUGGACAGGUUAAUGCAAGUUUUACAGACACAAAAGAGCAGUAUUUUACCAACUCAUAAAGAGAAGUUGCCAUCAUUUGAGAAACAGAUUGUUUCCUUGCUCAGUACAAACAGACCUAGGAGGCCUGUUCCUUCCAUGCAACCAGGGCAAAUUCUUUCUCAAAUGCAGCCUAUACAACAAGCACAUCAGCCUCAUUCUCAAAUCUCUCAAGCACAAUCACACGACGUUGGUGUCACCUCACAGUUGCAGCCAAUGAAUCUACAAGGUUCUGUUGCUACAAUGCAACAAAGUAACAUGCCAAGCUUGCAGCAUGGUUCUGUCCCUUCUUUAUCUGCCAUCACUUCUUCACAGCAGAUCAUGGGUAGUUCAUUGCAGACAAAUCCUAAUUUGGAUUCUGGACAAGGAAGUGCACCUAGUUCAAUGCAGCAAGUGGCAAUGGCUUCACAUCAGCAGAAUCCUGUUAGUGCCCCACUGCAGGCAAACAUCAAUCCACUGCAAGCACAAAAUGGGGUUAGUAUUUUAAACCCAAACAUCAACUCUCAUCAAUCAAGUUCAAACAUGCUCCAAAAUCAACAUCUGAAACAACAGCAAGAGCAGCAGAUCAUGAAGCAACAACUGCAGAACAGACAUAUACAACAGCAGUUAUUGCAAAAGCAGCAGCUGCAACAGCAGUUGCAACAAGCAAAGCAGCAGCAAGCAUCACAAAUUUCAGCUCAUCAGAUGCCUCAGCUCCACCAGAAUGAUGUAAAUGAAAAGUUGAGACAGAAUUUAGGUCUUAGGUCAGGUGCUUUCCCUCAACAUCUUUCAUCUGCCCAACGAUUUGCGCAUCAGCAGAUGAAACCUGGGACUUCUUUCCCUGUCUCUUCCCCUCAAUUGCUUCAGGCCGCAUCACCGCAAAUUAACCAGCAUUCACCGCAAGUUGACCAGCAAAUUCUGCAACAAUCUGUCUCCAAAAGUGGAACCCCUUUGCAAUCUGCAAACUCCCCGUUCGUUCCAUCACCAUCGACGCCUUUAGCACCGUCUCCUAUGCCUGGGGAUGCUGAGAAACCUGCUGUUUCUUCAUUGUCAAAUGCUGCAAAUACUGCACCUGCUGCAUCCCAAUCUCUUUCAAUUGGCACUCCUGGGAUAUCACCUUCUCUAUUGUUUGAGUGUGCAGGGCCUGAUGGUAAUCAUGGUAACAGCUCUGCUGUUGUUUCUGGAAAAUCUAGUUUAAUAGAACAACCUGUUGACCGCCUAGUGAAAGCGGUAAAGUCGAUAUCCGCUAAAGCCUUUAAAGUAGCAGUGUCUGACAUUGGUUCUGUUGUCAGCAUGAUGGAUCGUAUAGCGGGAUCAGCUCCAGGUAAUGGUUCUAGAGCAACAGUUGGUGAGGAUUUGGUAUCUAUGACCAAGUGUCGCUUGCUAGCUAGAAAUUUUCUCACUCAAGAUGGAAGUAGUGGGACAAAAAGAAUGCGUCGGCAUGCGAGUUCAUUGCCGUUAAAUGUUGCUGCAACUGUUGGCAGCAUGAAUGAUAGCUCUAUGUUGCUGACUGGAACUGAGAUCCCUGAGCUUGACUCAACUGCUACAUCAAGCAGAAAGAAGGCCAAAACAGAGAUUAGUCAUGUCCUUUUGGAAGAAAUACGAGAAAUAAAUGACCGUCUUAUUGAGACUAUUGUUGAUGUAAGUAAUGAAGACCUGGUUCCAUCUGUAGCAGCUUCAGCUUUUAAAGGUAGUGAAGGAAUCGUUGUUAGGUGCUCUUAUAAUGCUAUAUCUCUGAGUCCAAGCUUGAAAGCACACUACACUUCAGCCCAGGUGUCUCCAAUUCAGCCAUUAAGGUUGCUGGUUCCUGUAAAUUAUCCAAAUUGCUCCCCUGUUUUAUUGGACAAGUUGCCAGUUGAUGUCAGCACUGAAUAUGGAGAUCUUUCGGUAAAGGCGAAAUCAAGGUUUAGCAUCUAUCUUCGAUGUCUUUCGCAGCCAAUGACUCUUAAGGAUAUAGCAAGUACUUGGGAUGAUUGUGCCCGUGCUGUCAUUUGUGAAUAUGCUCAACAACUUGGUGGGGGGACAUUCAGCUCAAAACACGGCACUUGGAAGGAUUGUUCAACUGCUGCUUGAAUUUUUUAGACGUUCAAAGAGAAAUAUUUUGAUGCCCAUGUAUUUUAUAUAAAUAUGCUGCUAUAGACCUGAGCUGAAGCUUGUGGAUAGAACUUGUAACAAGAGCGAGUUUGUUGAGUUGUGUAUGAACUGUUCAUCUGCUGUAAUUAUGUGAAUGUUCUCUAAUUACCCAAA